UCUCUUCAGUUCCCCAUCGGCUUUCCCCCUCCCUUCCCCAUCCCACCGAGCUCGGAUGCAUCCGUGAGUCCCCGCGGAGAUGAGGCUAUCUCGUUCGUUAUCAAUCGCUCAAAUCUGAUCUGGUAUUCUUUGCUUUUCCUUUCCCCCUUUCACCCCCUUCUGUGAAUCUUCCUGUCCUUCCUUUCGUCAGUUGAUCCAGGAUGGGUCUCUUUGCUGGACACGGAGCCCUCGACCAGGCCGAACUGGAUAAUUUCGGCGUCGAUUGGGUCAUCCACUAUUCGUUCGAGGAUGUCGAGCUCUCCCAGGCGAUCCAAGAGUUUCGAACUUUAAUCCACGACCUUCAAGAAGCGCAUCUCCAGGUACAAGUCCGUCAUGGCUACGGCGCCUCCCUACUCGUCUGCAUUCGGGUUCCGCCCGAUCUGUUGGGCAACCUGGUACACAAAUCUCGUGUCAAGGACUGGCUUCAUGGAAUCAUCCACGAGUUUCCUGAGGGCGGAGACGAGGGCGAGACUGACGCCGACACUCCUGCGGAGGCCCUCAGAUCUGUUUACCAUGCGGUGACAUGGCAAAAGCAUCUUGGAGGCGCUGGAAUUACCCCCAAGGUGGGCCAAUGGAAGAAUAUCACGGCGGCUAUCCCUCUGCAUGACCGCUCCGCCAACGCGGAGCUGCUCCGGAAAUGGAGCCGGACUAUUUUCUUGACGGCUGAGGAUCUUGACGCUAUUCGCGCGUUGUUUGGCGAGAAGGUUGCUUUCUACUUUGCCUUUAUCCACUGCUAUUCCUGUUUCCUGAUUUUCCCGGCUGUUUGGGGCGUCUUCUCUUGGUUCUACCUGGGCCCCUAUUCGAUUACAUGUGCGAUAGUGACUUGCAUCUGGGGCAUCGUGUUCGUCGAGUACUGGAAAACCCGCGAGCUCGACCUGAGCUUGCGCUGGAACGUCAAGGACGUAGGAUUCCUCAAAGUGAACCGACCAGAAUGGGUUUGGGACAAAGAAUUUCAAAAUCCGCACACCGGCGAGACCAUUCGCGUAUUUUCGGCUCAUAGGCAAUUCGCUCGACAGCUCCUGAUGAUUCCCUUUGCGACCGUUGCAAGCAUGGCAUUGGGUAGCUUGAUCAUCCUAUCCUUUGCUCUGGAAAUCUUGGUGUCAGAAGUGUACAAUGGCCCAAUGAAGGCAUACUUGGAGUUUCUGCCGACCGUUCUGUUUUCGCUCUCAUUGCCCUCCAUAACCAAUAUUUUGACGGAUUUUGCGAAGCGUUUGACCGACUACGAGAACUACCGCACGCAGGAUCAAUACGACCUGGCACAGACAGCCAAGACAUUCGUGAUGCACUUUAUUACGGCCUUUUUGCCCACGCUACUGACCGCAUUUGUAUACGUCCCGUUUGGAAGCAAGAUAGUGCCCUAUCUUGACACUCUUCGCUCUUACGGUCUCCUUUCCGCCAACCUUGCCCGUGAAAUCCACAUCGACACCUCCCGACUGCAACAGGAAGUGAUCUAUCUCUCUGCGACCGCUCAGAUCCUCAACUUCGGCGAGGAAAUUGUGCUUCCCUAUGUCAAGCAAACCCUGAUGCACAAGUGGCGUGACUGGCGCGAAGGUCGGGACUCUUCGCGUCCUCGUGGCUACUCUCAGAGGACCGAUCAACUCCUAGUCGAUGCUCCGGAAGAAGCUGGUUUCCUCUCGCGUGUCCGUGACGAAAUCGACGCGGAUGAGUACGAUGUUCAUGAAGAUAUUCUGGAGAUGUGCGUGCAGUUUGGCUCUCUCGCUCUAUUUGGAGUUGCAUGGCCCUUGGUCUCCUUGGGUUUCCUUGCCAACAACUGGCUGGAACUGCGAGGCGAUUUCUUCAAAUUAAGCUUGGAGUGUCAAAGACCUCCCCCCAUCCGAGCUGACUCGAUCGGACCAUCUCUCAUGGGUCUGGAAGUGCUCAGUUGGCUCGGUACCUUGUCCACCGCCGCCAUCGUGUACCUUUACCGCGCUGGACUCCAGGAGGUCAACAUGUCGUCCCUCCUCCUCACUCUCCUCCUUGCCGAAUGGGCCUAUGUUGGUGUUCGCUUCAUCGUGCGAAGCGGACUCGAAAGGAUUAGCUUCAUCUCCCUCCGUCGCGAGGAAUCGAAGCGCUACGCUAUGCGCAAACGCUUCUUGGAAGCCACGUCGGGCCGGGUAUCCCCUCGGGCUAAACCGCGGGUCCGGUUCCAGGACCGGGUCAGCGUUUUCUCCUCGUCCACUGAUGUCCCUGGCACUAAGGAAGAUUUCCUGCACCCCGGACAUCACCACGAAAUGGGCCGCGGUGGACGCUUCUGGUCGUGGGCUCCCAAUGAGACAGCGGACGCAGGCGUUCGGCUGAUCAAGGCCCUGAACACUAACAUGGACGGUUCGAAGACCGGGCCUGUUAAGGGCGCCAAGGGCGCUUGAUAUACUCAAUACACCAGUCACUCAUUAUUAUAGAUAUGUCACUCAUUAAUUUGAUGCUUUCUGAUUCAGUAACCGUCGCAGGUAGAUGGUUAGAAUGAGCCUGCGGGACGGAAGA